UAAAAAAUUGUGCUUGCUAAACAUUCAUCAUGAGAUGUGCAAUAACCUUGAUGGGCAUUGCAAUAGCACUGUUGCUAUUCAUUGCAAUGGCCAAAGCUGGCGACCACGAAGAGGCAAUGCGCGUAUCUGAACAAUGCAUGGAACGUCACAACAUAGCCGAGGAUGAUAUUCCUAAAAUGCAUAUGGAUGACUUCGAUGCUUCUGAAGUGGAUGAAAAAUUCAAAUGUUUCGCUCACUGCAUGCUUGAGGAAAUGGGCUACUUGGAUGAGGCUCAAAAACUGAAUUUAGCAAAACUAGAAGAAGACGAAGAUUUCAAGGAUGAAUACUUGGACAUAGCUGUUAAGUGUAAGGCCGAACAUGACUUUAUUGAGGAUCCUUGUGAGUACAGUUUUAAGAUAAUGUCUUGUGCCAUGGAGAUCAAGAAAACCGAGGAGUAAUUAAAAAAUAUUUAGACAUUCAAUUGUAUUAAAUAAAAUAAAACAAGUUAAAGGGUGUAAAUCUUA